AUGGAUACUCGAGCGAAUAUUGUAAACUCACUUAUAUUAUCAUUAAGGCGAUGCACGAACAGGAAUAAGUAUGUGCUUCUGUUAAACGAGCUCCUUUCCCUCUUUCCAAUGCACGCCGAAAGGAGCCUAGAAUUGUGCCUAAACUCUAAAAUUAAAAAGUACACCUUGAUAAAGGAGAAGCGCCCUGAAAAGGAUUAUCCGUUGUAUCCUAGUCAGUUCAGGAGAAAUAGCAAAAACUGGCGCUGGACAAGCCAUGACGCAUGUUUGAGUGAUUGCACCGAUGUUGUUAGAGCACAGAAAAGGAAGGGAAUUCUAGGCGAACAUGUACUUGCUCACUUUAAGAAAACGGAAAAGAAAACGAAAAAGAGAAAGAAAAAGAAAAAAUCACGUUUGCAUUUCUUUGUAGUUCCUGGAAAUAACGACAAAUAUCUCGUGUUCCAAAAUUUCUGCUCAUGUUUUUAUUUUAAGCAAAAAGUGUUGUGGAACAAUAAAGACGUAAUGUGUAAGCACGUUUUGUCCGUCCACCUGGCGGAGAGCUUCAAAAAUUACGUGAACAUUUUCCUAGAUUCAAGUUUGUUUUUUGAGUGGUUCGUGAAAAAACUCCAUGCUUAA